UUGCAAAAAAAUUUUCGUUUUGCCAAAAGACUUGUAAAUUUUAAAUUUAAGGUUGCUCGUUACAAUAGUGCAGCUCAACAUCAAACGAUUCAGCAUGCUAUUGUAAGUCCAGUAUUGAAAUCUCGAACUGAAGUUCUACGAAUCAUCGAGCAACUUUCCGAGAAGCAAUAUUCUGAAGUCGCUGAUUUAAUAUUACCGGUUGGUGAAAUACUCGUUCAUUGCUUAGACACUUCUUUACUGAAACACAAGACACUUUCUGAAGUCUUUCCGCCAAUAACGAAGUUUUAUAUGGUUGCUUAUUGUGCGAACACGCGUCGUAUUGCAUUUGGUGGUCGCAAUGGAUCAGUUGUAACAUUACAAGCUCACACUGGAACAGUGACUUCGGUUUCUUUCUCAGAAGAUGGUAAAUAUUUGGCAACUUAUGGAGCUGAAGAAGCAAAGCUUUCAUUUUGGCAAACUUCGCAAUCUUUUUUAGGAAUGGGUCAGAGCCAACUUCGUUGUAUACGGACUCAAGCAGCUCCUUCAAUAUUCCCAGUGCUGUCGCCUUGUGGUACUAUUCAGCCAUUUAAAGCUCGACUUGUAUGGAUCGGCUCGAAAUCUGUGACGCUUAUGCUUCCCAAUGGCAAAGAGUAUCGAUUUACUGUUUAG